GGUUGCUACAACAGUUUGUUGCCUCCUUCCCUCUCGUUCGCGUGGGUAGCCUGUCAGCUAGCGAACUACCAUUAACUUUCGCGACUACAGUGCCUGACAGUUUUCCGACAGAUGGCUUUUGUUUCGCACAGCCACAGAGAUCGCAACGGCACUUACACCUUCUCCAGUCGGCCCAGACCUGUGGAGACCCGCUCCAAAUACAGAGAGUCUCCGUCUGAACAGACACACAGUAAUUAUGGAAACAUUAUGUAUGACCGUCGCGUUGUCAGAGGAAACACUUACGCUCAACACAUCAUACCAACUACAGCUCAGCCAGACCCUGCUGAAAUACAAAGACAACAGGAGAUCAGGAGGAGAGCCGUUGCUCGAAAACGUGCCAGGGAGCCGUUCAGACCCAGGACUCCCGAAGCCCUGCAGGGCAGAAAACACAUUGAUGUACAAACAGAUCUUUAUCUGGAAGAAUUAAAUGAUGUUAUAGUGGCUACAGAUAUUGAAUGCCAGACUGAUGCUUUCCUGGACAAACCAGCAACCCCACUCUUCAUACCUGCCAAAUCAGGCAAAGAUGUUGAAACACAGAUAGAGGAGGGAGAGUUGUUUGACUUUGACAGGGAGGUGCAGCCGGUGUUGGAGGUCCUGGUGGGUAAGACAAUAGAGCAGUCUCUGCUGGAGGUGAUGGAGGAAGAGGAGCUGGCUUGUCUGAGGGCCCAGCAGAGGGCUUUCGAAGAGCUCCGAAACAAUGAGCUGGCCGAGGUGCAGCGGCUCCAGGAGCAGGAGAGACGCCGCAGUGAGGAGAAAGAGCGUAGAAUUGCCCAGAAGAAGGAGGUGCUGAAGCAAGAAAGAGAGACUGCAGAGAAGAUUGCUGCCCGUGCCUACACCCAGCAGUACCUGGCUGAUCUUCUACCUGCAGUCUUCACCUCACUAAGAAGCCACGGCUACUUUUACGACCCCGUGGAGAAAGAUAUUGAGACUAAUUUCUUCCCGUGGCUGAUGGCUGAGGUUAACAACAGUUUGGAGAAGAGAUACACAGCAAGACAGCUGCUGGACACUAUCAUCCAUGAUGUUGCCCAGAAGAGGCUGGAGGGGUUCAAGGAGCUGGAGACACAACCGGCCAAGUCUGACAUGUAGCAUGAUUUACAGUAUGAUCAAAAAUAAAUUUCCG